ACUAUUGGAUGAGCUUGCAGCCUUGGAAUCUGCAAAUAUACACGCUAUGGUAGAAUCAGAUGAUAGGCUUAAUUCUGUAAUCAGACAGUUGGACAAAGCCAUCAGUGAACUGGAUAAUAUGGAUAGUAUGCUCACCUUGUAUACGACUGAACUUAAUAGCAUGGGUGAUGAGAUCCAUCAUAUUGAAUCGCAAAACCGAGGUUUACAAGUUGAAACAGCUAACCAGAAAGCUUUACUAGCGGAUUUGGAACGAUUAAUUAACUUGAUUACUAUAUCAGACCAAGUACUACAAACAUUGCUUGGCGAAUCGUUAAACACCAUACAUGGCGUACAAAAAAUUGAAGAAGCUGCGGAUAUAUUGCAAAAGGCUUUAUUAACAUCUUAUGACGAAUCAACGCGCGGGAUGGCAGCAGUCAAAGAAAAGAUGGGAUUAUACACUCAAUACAGCAAUCAAUUUUGCCUAAAUUUUUGUGAAUUCAUGAAACAGGCAAUUAAAUAUCAGGCAGAUAAUCUGAUAAGCGAUAAGACACGAGAGCCUCGGCGGGACAGCAUGACUAUAUUAGGGCACGAGAAGAUGGAAGAGGUCUUGCUUAGGUACAUGAGCUUAUCACUGUGGCUUAAAGAAAUUGACCCAAGGAAACAUAACGAAUUACAAUUGGCAUACGUUGUUUCGGCGGAACAAAUUUAUCGAAAAGAAACAAAGGAAUAUUUGACGCAGAUACGUUCAAUGUUGUCAAAGAGAGAAAUAUCAGAGGAAGCAACUUAUGCCUUUAGCGCUGCUCUGAUACAAGGACAUCACAGAAGUAGUCUCAUCUAUGGUUCGGCUGAUCAUGGCCGCGCGCCAUGGGAAUUCAAGGAUUCUGGUAGAGGAAAACUACCCCCUGAAGAAGCAUUUGAACAAAUACUUUUGACUCUUGUUCCUCUCAUAGUUCAUGAGCAAAACUUUAUAUCUGACUUUUUCCAUAUUGGAUCAAAAGGUCCGAAGUCAUUCCAAGAUCGCGCAGAACUCGCUAGUUGGCAUCCAAAAGAGCUGAAUGGUACGCGCGAAGUUAUCAAAGAUGUAAAGGCUCAGAGAAAACUACUAGAGCAUAUGGAGAAGGUUUUUGGAUUUCUACCGGAGGAGUUAAGCAGCUUUAUUGAUCAAUGUGUAGGAAUGAUUGCACGUAUUGAGAAAUAUAUAAAGGAAUAUGAAAAGACAAGUCAAGAGUUUUUUGUGAAAGUAAUGAAACAAGCAAGAGCCCAGUGUAUUACCAUUUUCGAACGAUUUAUGGUCGAACAAUUAAAAGCAAUAGAAGAUACAAAAGUUACUACAAAGAAACGGAAAGGCAUUGUUCUGUUUAUCAAAAUAUUCCCAAGAUUUUGCGAACGUAUUGAGCACUCAAUGGCAGGUGUGGCAAGCCUUGAAAUACGCGACAUAGUAAAUAGAGCAUACGAGACUCUCGUGAAGACAAUGUUUGACAGCCUUGAGGCUAUUGCAAGAGAUGUAUCUUCUAUUAAUGAUGACAAAGAACAACUGAACGUUCACAUAAUGAUACUUGAGAAUAUGCACCAUUUCCACAACGAGAUACGAAUGCGUAAGAUUCUUGUUCUUGAUCCAUACACGGUGUAUGCAAAGAGUUCGUACGAGAAGCAUCUUGAAGCAUAUGCAAGAAAAGUGCUUCAAAAGCCAUUCAGCAAGCUAAUAGAAUUCUUCGAUGGUAUUGAUAACCUCCUGAAAACAUCAGCACCCGAAGAAGUCGGAUUCCAUAUGAGAUACAGUAAAGAAUCGUUAAAGAAACUUACGGAACAUUAUACUGCAAGAGAGAUCAAGAAAGGUCUUGAACAGCUUUACAAACGUGUCGAAAAGCAUUUCACAGAGGAAGAGGGGCUUUUGCGAGUAGUGUGGGGAAUCAUUGGUCAAGUGGUAAUCGACAACCAUAAACACUUUAUAGAUUUAAUUAAUAGAUGUUAUCCGGAUUCCAAUAUUAAAUUGGAAUAUUCGCUGAGCGAUUUACAGAACUUUAUCAAAGUGGUACACGAAGGCAGAAAAUC